AUGAAGAAAGGAAGUGAAGUAGGGGCUUGGGACGCCGACUGCGAAAGGGCAUUCGCCGCUGUGAAGGACCUGCUGACCAACCCUCCGGUGAUGAACCGACCCCUCCCGAACGUAGAACUGCAAAUCUACCUAGGGGUAUCUGAUGAAGUUAUUAAUGCAGCCUUGGUCCAGGACGCCAGUGAACCCUGUUUGAUAUAUUUUGUUAGCAAGGUGCUUCAACCCGCCGAGACACGAUAUCAGCAGGUCGAGAAGGUUGCCCUAGCCCUUCUACACGCUUCUAGGAGGCUCCGUCCAUACUUCCAGAGCCAUCAAGUGGUCGUCAGAACUGACCACCCCAUAUCCAAGAUCCUAAGAAAGCCCGAUAUCGCUGGGAGGAUGGUCAGCUGGGCAAUUGAAUUGUCAGAGUUUGGCUUGCGGUUUGAGCCACGGGGAUCUAUAAAAGGACAACACCUAGCAGGCUUUGCACUGGAGCUGCCCCAGGUCCAAUCUUCCGAAUGUUGGAACCUUUAUGUUGAUGGAGCGGUCGGACGAAUGAGUGUCGGCGCCGGGGUGGUGUUGGAGGGACCGGAUGGGUUCCUCAUCGAGCAGUCACUAGUGUUUAAAUUUAAAGCCUCCAAUAACCAGGCUGAAUAUGAAGCCUUGAUCGCCGGACUCACUCUGACCUCUGACAUGGGAGCCCGUUCCCUCACGUGCAGAACCGAUUCCCAACUGGUCGUGGGACAAAUGAUGGGAGAGUUCCAAGUGAAAGACGACCAGCUGUUGAGGUAUUUUCACAAAGCCAACACACUGGCCAAAAAUUUUCAGCCCUUCGUCAUCAAACAUAUACCGUGGGAGGAGAACGCUCGGGCUGACAUGUUAUCGAAACUUAGUGCCGACAAGGAAAGGGGGCAGCUCACAACAGUCAUACGGCAAGUGCUGACAGAGUCGUCCGUGGAGUGUAUGGCGUUAGAAGCGGUUGCAGGUGAUGAUUGGCGUACCAAAAUUCUCAGGAUGAUGGCGGAUCAGGACAAAGGGGUCAGCCUCAAGCCGGCGGACGCCCGGAAGAUGGCUCGAUAUGUCACCAUAGGCGGAGACCUUUAUCGGCGGGGAUUCUCGGUCCCCGUGCUUAAGUGCGUGGAUCCGGAUCAAGCGACAUACGUUCUGAACAAACUCCACAAUGGAAUCUACGGAUUGCAUACUGGAGCAAAGGCACUACGGGCGAGGGCCCUCAGGGCCCGGUACUACUGGCCGACCAUGGAAAACGACGCCAAAGCGUUUGCGGAAAAAUGCGAAAGAUGUCAAGCCCACGCCAACAUAUCGCACGCUCCCCCCGCAGAGUUACGGGCUAUCAUCUCUCCUUGGCCGUUCGCUAAAUGGGGCAUGGAUAUUGUGGGCCCGUUUCCCCCCGGACGGGCGCAGAAGAAGUUCAUCCUCGUCGCUGUAGACUACUUCACAAAAUGGGUAGAGGCAGAAGCCUUGGCCACAAUCUCCGCCAAGCAGACGAACGGCCAGGCGGAAGCGGCUAACAAGACAAUUGUGGCCGAGCUUAAGAGGAGGUUGGGUGAAAGAAAAGGAGCCUGGGUGGACGAGCUGCCGGAGGUCCUGUGGGCAUACCGUUGUUCCCCGCACGGGACAACGGGAGAGUCUCCUUUCAACCUGACGUAUGGAACCGACUCCAUGUUGCCGGUGGAGUUGGGGGGACCUUCGUUGCGAAGACAAGUCCAUGAUUUACAACUCAAUGAGGAGGAAUUGAGGGUGGAACUGGAUUCGUUGGAGGAACGUAGGAAUCGCGCCGUGUUACAUGCGGAGGCCUGUCGGCGGUUAGUGGAACGAAGGUAUAAUACUAAGGUGCGCCCGAGAAGCUUCCACCAGGAGGGUAAUUUGGUGUGGAGAAAGACCGGUGAUGCCAGAAAAGAGCAGGCGCACGAGAAGUUGUCAGCAAAGUGGGACGGCCCAUUCCGGAUACUUGAAGACUUGCAAAAUGGAGCCUACCGCCUCUCUGUUCCUGGUGGACGGCCAUUGCGGAACACGUGGAACGUUUCUCACUUGAAGUUUUAUUUCAGUUGA